GUUUGGCGGGAAGUAAGACCUGUGGCGGAGACUCAGUCAGUCAGUGUGUGUGUCCUAUCCCGGUGUAAUCUCAGCUCGCCAUGGAUCCUUUCAAGCUGCAGACCAGAUCUUCUGCUAGACAAGCAGCCAUGCGAGGUGUCAAGGUGAUCUUACAAGAUGUAUUGGCAGCUAAAAGAACUCAGAAAUCACAAAAGUGCAAUGUUUCAGAAGAGAAAAACUUCCAAAAAUUUAGAAACGUGAAAAUCAUUCCAAUGGAAACAUCAUCCUCUGAUGACAGCUGUGAUAGUUUUGGCUCCGAUAAUUUUGCAAACCAGAAGAAUAGGUUCAGAAAAGGCACCACUGAACAACUGGCUAAAAUAUUUUCAGAGGGUUCUGAUAAUGAAUCGUUUUGCGGGUUUUCAGAGACUGAAAUUCAGGACGUCCUGAAAAUUGAUUCUGAUUCUGAGGAACACAUUGAAAAGCGUAAAACACGUCAAGGUCGGCCCAAGAGGAACACAUCUCUAAGGGUAGCCUUGAAAUUUCCACCAAAACGAAACCAGAGAAACACAAAAGUAAAGGACGAGAAGCCUUCAACUGUAGAUGGCUCUGAUGAUGAAUCUGGCCCUAAUUUCUUAGAGAAACGUGCUUUGAACAUUAAAGAAAACAAAGAGAUGCUUGCAAAAUUGAUGGCUGAGCUGAACAAUGUACCUGGGUUCUCAUCAAUGAAAUCUCCAUUUUCUCCAUCUAAUUCAAGAGUUAGACGUACUCCUAAAACUCCCCAAUUUGGAGCGAGUACCAGAAAAAAUCCAGACCGAAACGCUCGCCCUUACACAAGAUCAAGAUCUAUUAUUGAUGGACCACCAAGCCCAUCUCUAGAUGAAGAGGAUGAUGACCCCUACUAUUUAGUGAAGAGGAGGAGAAUGUAUGAUGAUUUGGAGGAUGAAACUUAUGUGCCGAGGAGGAGCCGCCCAAGUAUGUCUAUACCCCAUGUUGUACGACCUGUAGAAGAAAUCACAGAGGAAGAGCUUCGUCGCAUCUGCUUCAAUGUCAGGGAGAAGGUGUACAAUAGAUCAACGGGCUCAACAUGUCAUCAAUGUCGUCAAAAGACUACAGACACUAAAACAAACUGUCGAAAUCCAGAGUGUGUAGGAGUGAGAGGACAGUUCUGUGGCCCAUGUUUAAAAAAUCGCUAUGGAGAGGAUGUGAGAAAUGCGUUACUAGAUCCAGAGUGGCUCUGUCCACCAUGCAGAGGAAUUUGCAAUUGUAGUUUCUGUAGACAGCGCAAUGGCCGCUGUGCUACUGGUGUACUGGUUUAUCUUGCCAAAUACCAUGGAUUUGACAAUGUCCAUGCCUAUUUAAAAAGCUUGAAACGUGAACUUGAAAAGGAAGACUAAAUAUUUCAAAAUAUUGUUCAUUCAAACCCUUGAAAUACGCGUUAUUUUUUUUAUUGAUGUUUAACAUAUUGAUGUUUUAACAUCGGUACACUGUGACAGAAUGGUAUUUCGAAUAAUCAGUUAAAGGGCUUUUCUUUUUCUCUUCAGUUGAUGGCUCCCUAAUUUGAUAUUCUUGUUUGCCAUAUUUAAAGAUACCAAAUUAGGGUAGUGAAUAAUAGACCAGAUUAGUAACUGAUCAUAUACACUUGGUUGCAAAUGCAAUUAAUGCUAUUCAUAUUAACAAUUAUUCGUUAAAAUGACUGAAUCACAUGGAAGAAUUGUCCUCAUGCAAUUCAGGACCUUUUUGAUUUGGUUAUCUGGUAAUCCUUCUGGUAAACUGCUGAAUCACCCAAUUGUUGCCUGAAUUGCUGUUCAUCCGAAUGCACAAGUCUUUGGUUAAAACUGUUUUUUAGUUACUCCACUUUGUAUCCUCUAUUUUGAAAUGAAUAUAUACCCUUUAUAUUUUUUAAUGCACCUUAUCUAAAGAUGGGGUAUUUGUAAUGGUUAGCAAGCCUAACUGGGAAUGCCAAUUAAAAAGAAAAUGUAAAUAUUUUAUAUAUGUAAAUCUGUUUUGCUUGUAGAAAAUGUAACAUAAACCAUUGUAUACAAAUACACAUUUGUAGAGUUCUGACUGUAAUCUGCUCAAAAUGAGUUAACCUUUUAAAGGGACACUCCAGGCACCCAGACCACUUCUGCCUAUUUGAGUGGUCUGGAUGCCAACACCCACUACCUUUAAUCCUGCAAGUGUAAUUAUUGCAGUUUUCAUAAACUGCAAUAAUUACCUUGCAGGGUUAGGUCCUCUAGUAGCUAUCUAUCAGACAACAACUAGAGGGACUUCAGUGUUCUUAGAACACGAAAAGAGUGUUAUAUGAUGCUGGAUGUCCUCACGCUAUGUGAGGACCUCAGCGUAGCCAAAAUCCCCAUAGGAAAGCAUUGAAUAAUGCUUCCUAUGGUGAAGCCUAAUGCGCAUGCGUGGCAUUGCCGCACAUGCGCAUAAGGUCUCAGUCGGCGGGCGAGGAGCCGGAUGGGGGGGCACUACUAGUGCCAGGAAAACCAAUACCUAUAUCCCUUUAAAUAACCAUUGAUCUGGUUGGAAAUAUUUUCUGAUCCCUACCAUGGUACUUACAUUUUUAUUUUUGGGGGGGGUCUGAGAUAUCAUUUGUUCUAGUUACCAUUUUUAGGAUACUAAUAACCUGUCUUGCAUUGAACAUGGUAUUUCUCUGGUUUCUAAAGACUUACCUCCUAACACUUUUUUUUUUUUUUUGUGCAAUGUUGAGGCAUUCUG